GGGGCCCGGCUCUUCUUCCCCGUGAGCGGGUGGCACUGGCAGCCAUGGUGCGGAACGUGGACGACCUGGACUUCCGCGUGCCCUCGCACGCCCAGGACACGCUGGACGGCCUGCAGCGGCUGCGCUCCCAGCCCCAGCUGGCCGACCUCACGCUGCUGGUGGGUGGCCGGGAGCUGCCCUGCCACCGCGCCCUCCUGGCGCUGAGCAGCCCCUACUUCCACGCCAUGUUCGCGGGCAACUUCGCCGAGAGUUUCUCGGCACGAGUGGAGCUGCGGGACGUGGAGCCCGCCGUGGUGGGGCAGCUGGUGGACUUCGUGUACACGGGCCGGCUGACCGUCACGCAGGGCAACGUGGAGGCGCUGACGCGCGCGGCCGCCCGCCUGCACUUCCCCGCCGUGCAGAAGGUCUGCGGCCGCUACCUGCAGCACCAGCUGGACGCCACCAACUGCCUGGGCAUCUGCGAGUUCGGGGAGCAGCAGGGGCUGCCGGGCGUGGCCGCCAAGGCCCGGGCCUUCCUGCGGGAGAACUUCGAGGCCGUGGCCCAGGAGGACGAGUUCCUGCAGCUGCCCCGGGACCGGCUGGCCACCUGCCUGGCCGGCGAGCUGCUGCAGGUACAGCCGGACCAGAGCCGGCUGGAGGCCCUGCUGCGCUGGGCGCGUCACGACCCUCAGGCCCGGGCCGUCCACCUGCCCGAGCUGCUCAGCCUGGUGCGCCUGGACGCCGUGCCCAGGCCACGCGUGCAGCACCUGCUGGCCACGGAGCCGCUGAUCCGGGGCUCGGAGGAGUGUCGGGUGGCCCUGUCGCAGGGUCACGACGAGGCGCUGCCGGGCCUCCCGCAGAAGCUGCAGGAGGUUCUGGUGGUUGUGGGCGGGCGGGCACUGGAGGAUGAGGAGGGGGCCGAGGAAGCCACCCCUCACGGCAGGAACUUCGCCUUCUACAACACCAAGGCCAAGAGGUGGAUGGUGCUCCCAGACUUCCCCGACUACCACAAGUGGGGCUUCUCCCUGACGGCACUCAACAACACGGUCUAUGUCACAGGUGGCUCCCGGGGCACCAAGACAGACACCUGGUCAACCACCCAGGCCUGGUGCUUUCCUCUGAAGGAGGCAGCCUGGAAGCCAGUGACACCCAUGCUGAAGGCCCGCACGAACCACGCCAGUGUGGCGCUCAACGGGGAGAUCUAUGCCAUCGGCGGGACCACUCUGGACGUGGUGGAGGUGGAGAGCUACGACCCCUACACAGACACCUGGACGCCCAUCAGCCCGGCCCUCAAGUACGUCAGCAACUUCUCCGCGGCCGGCUGCCAGGGCAGGCUGUACCUGGUGGGCUCCAGCGCCUGCAAAUAUAACGCCCUGGCCCUGCAGUGUUACAACCCUGUCACAGACUUGUGGAGCGUGAUCGCCUCGCCCUUCCUCCCCAAGUACCUGUCCUCGCCCCGCUGCGCCGCACUGCAGGGGACUCUCUACCUGGUCGGUGACAACACCAAGAAGGUCUACAUGUACGACCCCGGGGCCAACCUGUGGCAGAAGGUGCAGUCCCUGCACAGCCUGCACGAGAACGGUGCGUUGGUGCCGCUGGGUGACACGCUGUACGUGACGGGGGGCCGCUGGCAGGGCGUGGACGGCGACUACCACGUGGAGAUGGAGGUCUACGACCGCGGGCGGGACGCCUGGACCCACCACGGCGCCCUGCCCCGCCUCUGGCUCUACCACGGGGCCUCCACCGUCUUCCUGGACGUGUCCAAGUGGACCCAGCCCUUCAGCCCCACCCAGGAGCACUGAGCAGCUCUGGGUCGGACGGGGGGUGGGGGUGGGGGUGGUGGCUGAGCCCCCCACCCAGGGGACGGCCCCCCUUCGUGUGCUGCCUGUCUGUUCAGCUGGUGCUGCCGGGCCCCCCAGGGCUCGGGCCACCAGGGACAUCAGAGGACACCGCAGCCACCACCCCGGCCCUGAGUUGACCAACGGCAGGGCUUUGGACUCUGGCCGCCCGCACGGAGGCGAGAAGCGGCCGUCCUGCCCACGGGGCGUCUGAGGCCUCAAAGGAGCCGAGGGGCCCGGGGAAGCACGGGGAGGGCCCCCGCGCUCUCCAAAUGCUGCCGCCCCAGCCGUGUGUCCGGCCGUGGCUUCUGGAAGCCACAUCACAGAGUGAAGGAUCACGGGGCGGGGUCUACGCCAGGCGUCUGUGGGCCUGCUGCCGCCUGGCCCGCAGCUGUGUGACCGCAGCCGGCAGCUGCCCGUCUCUGGGCCUCAGGCUCCGCAUCCAUGGGGCACUGAGAAGGGAGGAGGCCGGGCAUGGGGCCCGGGAGAGAGGGUCAGUGUCAGGGCUGAGGGAAGACACAGUGAGCAACGGCUUCCCCGGAAGGUGAGCAGGAGGGGUGCUCUCUGGCCAGGAAUCC